AUGGGCAUUAAAGUCAACAACGGAGGGCUUUUCGCUUCCGAACAUUUCGAGAUGAAAACGUUUGGGAAACAUCGAGGCGAGAUGGUCAGACAACUCGAUCUGGAGCAGGUACGUCCUCUUUCCAUCGACAAGUUAGUCAGGUGACGGCCAAAACAAAACAUGUCCCUAAUUUGUCACUUUCCUCGAAAACAAAGCAAGGGGAGGGGCGGACAGUCAUCAGAGAACAGCAUUGUCUUAUUCGGAACUUGUGAGCAGAAAUGGAGACUUGCCCGGUGUAUCCGGAUCCGGAGAGAAUGGCUUCUCCGAUGGUCCGCAGUGCUUCUGACGUUAUUUUGAACAGCGAUCCGUUCGACUCGACUACUGUCAAACUGGUACGUUUUGCAAGAAUCACAAGGGGAUGACAAAACGACAACGAUGACAAACUUCGAGUGUGAAUAACACUGCACUUUACUUCAUUUAUCCGGUUGACAACUUUGUUGUUCGGCCGUUCCGAAGACUACUGUAGCCGGGGCCGAACGUUUUUAAGGCCUGUACAUUUGACCCCCUUGCAAUAUUCCUAUCUGACCUAAACUUUGCACCCUAGUUUCCCCAGAAUCGGCAUCCAUAAAGUCAGCCAACCUACGUGAGUCAUGCGAAUCACGCGUUUCCUUCCACCGCUCACCUCUGACCCUUCUCCGUGAUGCAUAAAACAUCAUGCGCCCCAUUUGCCCGCCGGUCCCCUGCCCAUAAAACCUCUGCUCGCUUGCCUCUCUUUUGCAGGAAGAACCACUAAACAAACUCAUCAAAAUGCUCUUCGCCACCGCAAAACGAACGCUCCUCGCCCGUCCCGUUAGCUUAGCAACCCGUCAAUCGGAUGUCUACUCUUUCUCUUUCGGUCGAUCUGACCGCACAAAUCCGUUUUCUUUUCCUUCUCGCAUAAGUUACCUAAUUAGAGAAUCCGCUGGUAACUAAUUAGGAACCUAACCCAGUUCUUGUCAAGCGAGAUCUUCCGUUCGUUGUUCAUUUCGCCGCCUCGCUCCUUCAUUCAUUCACUUCUGAUUUCUUCCUCUUCUUCUUCCUACUCGAAAAAUGACCAGCACAACCUCGACGAACCGGUAUGGAAUAGUAGGCGGCGAUGGUGGUGGUGGUGGCCGUCGUUCGUCGCCGUCCUUCGCCUCGACCUAUUCCGUACGUUCGCACCGUUUACGACUCCAUUAUUUAUGAGUUUUCACGUAAACUCUUUCUCUCCCCCCUCGCCAAAUAUCUUUUCAACUCGAGACUUGUUUUUCGUCCUCCUUGUCGUCGUUUUUUAUUCUUUUCUGCGCCAGGCAAAGAAAAAUUACCGGAAACGACGAUUUCACGGCGAAUUGCUCGCAGAAAUGGGGUGGGGUGCCGAGCUUUGAGCCACUCCCGUGUUUUCGAAUAUCGAAAUAGAACGACCACUUCAACAACUAAAAAAAAACAUAAUAUCCAUCCAUCUACUCUCGACUGUCAGUUUUCCAUCAAAAAAGUGCAUGAUAAUUGGAGGCCCUGACUUGCCACUCACUCUCUUUCCCUUUCUGUCCAUAUAGCGGUCGCUUGCAGAAGAACAGUUCGGACGGAUCGAACAAAAUGAUCGAGGACGAAAAGGAGCACUCGAUCUACUCGAAGUGCGCCGCCGAGUUCAUCGCCGUGCUCAUCUUCGUUUACAUCGGUAACUCCUCCCCAGCACCCAUCUGCCCCAUUAACUCAUCUCAGGAUCCAUGCAAGCAAGCGGAGUGUUCAUUCACGACGGAGUGCUCCAUGCCGCGUUCGCCCACGGAAUCGCCAUCUUCGUGCUCGCCGCCACGUUCGCCGGAGUGAGCGGAGCCCACGUGAACCCGGCGGUCACCUUCGGCAUCGCCCUCGUCGGCCGUCUCAGCCCGAUCCACGCCGUCUGCUACGUCGUCUCCCAACUACUCGGCAGCGUCUUCGGCGCCCUUCUCGUCCGUGUCAGUUCUAUGAACUUUGGUUCGAGUACUUGUUCAAUUUCUAAUUUCAGAUUUCGCUCUCAUAUAAAAGUUACAGUGCGAUCGCCGCUGGCGCCACCCUCUGUGGAAAAGGAAUCGGUUGGCAAGAGGUAGAGUGUCUGGAAAUGAAGAAAGAAAACAGGUUGUGUGUUUCAGGGACUGACUGCCGAGAUCGUGACCACUUACAUCCUCGUUCAAACUGUUCUCCUGUGCGCCGUGGACACUGAGAAGAACAAACUGGCUCCGUUGGCCAUCGGAUUCGCCCUGAUCAUUGACAUCUUCGCAGGCGGCGCCAUCUCCGGCGCCUCGAUGAACCCGGCCCGUUCGUUCGGGCCCAACAUCAUGGGACAGCUCUUCCUGAAGUCGGAGCAUCUCGACGCCCAGUACAUGUUCUGGAAUUACCAUUGGAUUUAUUACAUCGGACCCAUCAUCGGAGCGUUCAUUGCUGCCGGCGUUUACAGGUGAUCGGAAGGUCAAGUGACCCGCACUUUUCGAGUGUUUUCAGAGUGUUCUUCGCCCGCGACUACCGCGUCCUUGCCUGA